UCCACCCCUCCCUUCUCCCACACUCUCCUUUUUCUCUCUGUCUCUAUUUUUCCUUCUUCUCUCCUUCUCCAAUUUUGCAGUUAGAAUUGCAAAAACUUUGCAGAUUCUAACGUAGGGGUUAGAUUUGGAAUAUUUUCUGCUCUUCCCUCUCGCUUCUCAGAGAAAGGUUUCUCUAAAAGGAAAAAUUAUGGAAUGUGUUUUGCUUCGCCAUCCAGUAAUGUUGCCUCGCUACAAAAGCGUAGCGCCAACGCGUUGGAGUUUCAGCGGCGUCGUCUCUGUGGCGCCUCCCGUGGCUAAUCUUACGCUGAAGAUUGGGAAAUGUAAGCAGAAGGGGCUGCGUUAUGUUUGCCUUUGCUCGGCUGCUGGAUUAUCUGCUGGAAACUUGUUUGGUGAAAGUAGUCAUGCCAGAAAAAAUAAUAUUGGCCACGAAUCUGUGGGGGUUUCGACUAAUUUGGGAGUCAACCCUGAAAUCUCAUUCGAAGGCGAUGAUUUCGUCGACGAUGAGGACGAUCCCGACCGCCCGUCCGACGGGUUCUCUUCUGUUCAGACCGCCGUUGAUGCCAUACGCCAUGGAAAGUUUGUGAUGGUUGUGGAUGAUGAAAAUGGGGAUUCGGAAGGGAACUUGGUGAUGGCUGCAUCCAAAAUCUCUGCAACCAACAUAACAACCAUGGUUCAGCAAAGCUCUGGAAUGGUGUAUGUGGCAAUGAAAGGGGAUGAUCUUGAAAGGCUCAACCUUCCUCUAAUUUCACUGCUCGACAAUGGCAAUUAUGAGACCUCAACUUUCACCAUCACAGUGGAUGCGAAAAUGGAAACGUCGACGGGAGUAUCAGCUGCAGAUAGAGCAAAGACCAUAGUUGCUCUAUCAUCUCCCGAGUCAAAGCCAGAAGACUUCCGGAGGCCAGGCCACGUGUUUCCGGUGAGGUACCGAGACGGUGGCGUUUUGAGGAGAGCAGGUCACACUGAAGCUUCUGUGGACUUAGUUGCCCUUGCUGGGUUAAGGCCAGUUUCUGUUCUUUCACCCAUUGUUGAUGCCCAUGAUGGCUCCAUGGCUUCACUCUCCAAACUUAGAAGCUUGGCUUCUCAACAUGAUAUACCAAUUGUCUCAAUAACCGACUUGAUAAGGUACCGAAGAAAAAGGGAGAAUUUGAUUGAAAGAAUUUCCGUUUCUCGGCUGCCAACUAAAUGGGGGAAAUUUCAAGCUUACUGCUACCGCUCAAAGUUAGAUGGGAUUGAACACGUGGCCAUUGUAAAGGGAAACAUUGCGGAAGGGCAAGAUGUUCUUGUGAGAGUCCAUUCGGAGUGCUUAACUGGGGACAUAUUCGCGUCUGCAAGAUGCGAUUGUGGCAACCAACUGGACCUGGCCAUGCAAAUGAUCGAGAAGGCUGGGAGAGGAGUUGUGAUUUACCUGAGAGGCCACGAAGGAAGAGGGAUCGGCCUCGGCGCCAAGCUUCUCGCCUAUAAUUUGCAGGAUCAAGGCCAUGAUACCGUGGAAGCUAAUAUCGAGCUCGGGCUGCCCGCUGAUGCCCGAGAUUACGGAGUCGGUGCUCAGAUGCUGAGGGACAUUGGAGUUAGAACGAUGCGGCUAAUGACAAACAACCCUGCGAAGCUGAAGGGGCUGAAGGGAUAUGGACUGGCGAUGACCGGGAGGGUUCCUGUGGUGACGCCCAUCACAGAUGAAAACAGAAAGUAUUUGGAAACCAAGAGAACCAAGAUGGGCCAUGUCUAUGCCAAGAGCCCAUUUACAGGGAUCAACCCAAAAACCGCGGCAGAGGCCGAAGCUUAGCGCUCGACUCUGUUAAUUAAAUAAAGGGGCAUUCGAGUUUUUGCUCGUAAUGUCCCUAUUGUCUGUUACUUUCUGUUUGUUGUCUGAAUAUGACUCAAUUAAAUGGAUGAAAUUCAAUAAAGUCUAACAGUUUUGAAUAUUGCAA